CUCGACGGUAGCGAUUCGCGCUGUUACACAUUUACACCAUUACAUACAAUACAAAUACGUUGAUACAGACUUCUUGAUCUAUUCAGUUGCCUACAGCAAUCCAAUAUCACCCAGGACUACCAAUCCUUGACAAAUUUCCUCUACCACUAGCGCGGGGGGAAAAAUCUCAUUGGGGGGACAAAUGUCAAAAACGGGGGGACAAAUCUCACCAGCCAAGUGUCAAGACCACUUGUUCGCUUCGCUCUCUAGCGUCUUGGGGAGGCGGUCCAUAUCGUAAACUAGGUCGCCCGAAUCAACUCCCACGAUGCAACCCACUAUUACUCUAAAUUGAGCUUUGUAUUAGGUCUCUGGCUACAUUGCUCUAUAGCCGUACUGCUCUUUCCAUCAUCUGUUGGCAGGACUUUUAACGAACUUGUGCUCUUCUUCACAUAGUUGCGCUUCUAAAGAGUGGCCUAUACUAUGCCUUUACGCCUCGUGAGAGCAGUAAAAGCGGAUAUCCCCCAGCUGGUCGAUUUGUACUUCGACACGUUUAAGAGCCCCUUGGUCCUGAAGGUGAAGCCUGAUGUACCCCCCGUCCGCGAAUGGUAUAAGAAGAGCCUGGAAAGCGACAUCGAGAAGCCACAUACCCGAAUAUACAAGGUUGUGGAGGGCCAGGCAGAGUCGGUGCAUGCAUCAGACGAGAUCAUAGCCUUCGCCAAAUGGAGCUCGCCGCACACGGAGCCUCCGCAGGAGAAACCCCCCGAGUGGCCUAUGGACGGGGAUAUCGCGCUAUUCGAGGAGGUUACUGGCAAAGCGACGGAGAAAAAGAAGAAGAUAAUGGGCGAGGAGGAGCAUUGGUACCUAAGCGUCCUCGCAACCUUGCCAAAGCACCAGCGCAGAGGCGCGGGAUCGCUACUGAUGAAUGAAUUUUGCAAGCAGGCGGAUCAGACCGGGCACCGGAGUUAUGUUGAGGCGUCACCUCUCGGCAGACCGACAUACCAACGGUUCGCAUUUGAAACGCAGGACACGUUCAGUGUUGUGAUUAACGGCGAACCAUACAUCGAUUGCUGCAUGGUGCGUGAACCACAAAGCCAUCGUGAGCAUUAAUGUCACUAGACACGUAGUAUACUACUAUCUAUACGAUGCAGAUUUUCUUGACAAAUCGUGUCAGUCGAGUUGAUGGAAUUUGUGAUGGAUCAGAGGUCCGCAGACCUGGAUGCCUUGUGGCCUUAUGGCCCGUUCAGUUCUGGUUCAGGUUUGCUCUGUAAACACCAGAACAGAUAAACGCCUCGCACACCUUAGAUAGAUUCCUCCUUCAUAGCAACAAUUCAAUGUUUGCC